AUGAUCAAUUUUUAUCGCAAAUUUCUUAAAGAUGCUGCAAGAUUUCAGGCUCCUCUCCAUGAAUACACUCAGGGUGCUAAUGUCAAAGGCUCUCACUCCGUCGCCUGGACACCUGAGGGCGAUACCGCUUUCACCACCUGCAAGGAGGAGCUACGAAAAGCAACGUUACUGGUCUAUCUGGACACGACACUCCCGUGGGCCAUCUUCACCGAUGCUUCCGAAUACGCCAUCGGUGCAGUCCUGCAGCAACAACGAGGACAGCACUGGGAACCACUGGCAUUUUUCUGCCAGAAACUACAACCUGCGCUGAGGAAACACUGCCCUUACGAUCGAGAGCUCCACGCAAUCUACGCUGCCAUCAUAAGACCAUUGCUUCACGCCUUCGCCCAGGAUCCCGACAGAGCCACGCCGUGGCAGUUCCACCGCCUGGAUUUUAUCGGCCAGUUUUCGACCGACAUCCAGUACGUGGCCGGCAAGGACAACGUGGUCGCCGAUGCGCUUUCUCGUAUCGAGGCAAUCUCUGCUGCCGUCUCUACGAAUGAGCUUGCCGAAGCUCAAGCCGCUGACGAGGAGCUCCAGCAACUUCACCAGUGUCAACAUCACGACGCUCUCGCCCUACGACCUGUCAAUGUUCCAGACUGCGCCACGCCUAUCUAUUGCGACGUGUCUGGCGAUCAGAUUCGCUCUUUUGUUCCUGUGCCGUUGAGAAGAAGAAUUUUCGACGCCCUCCAUAGCGUUAGCCAUCCUCGGGCCCGAGCCUCAACGAAGCGGCGCUUCGAGCACAUACACGUGGACAGAGGGUAUCGCAACUGCCUGACAAUCAUAGACCGUUUCACCAGGUUUCCAGAGGCGUUCCCCAUCGAGAACACUGGAGCCGAGUGUGUCGCUCGAACGUUCUUUUCUGGAUGGAUCUGCCGCUACGGAGUGCUGCUUCGAAUUACAACCGACCAGGGGACACAGUUUGAGAGCCAGCUGUUCAACGCUCUCGCUCGUCUUCUCGGUAGCAGACAUAUUCACACCACCACGUUCCAUCCUGAGUCAAAUGGAAUGGUGAAACGUCUGCAUCGCCAUCUGAAGGACACCAUUCGCUGUCAUGAAAGCGAUUCGUGGGUGGACACGCUGCCUAUCGUCCUUCUCGGAAUCCGCGCCUGGAAAGAAGACCUCGGCGCAACUCCUGCCGACGUCGUCUUCGGUGAACCGCUCCGACUACCGGGGGAAUUUCUUGCUCCCUCGCCACCACGCGGGCUACCGCCUACCAAUAUCGCCGAUCGUCUGAGGAAUUAUUUCGCCGAUCUCGCUCCUCAACCCGUCGCCCGUCAUGGCCAGAGGAAGAUUUUCGUCUUUAAGGAGCUCGCAAACUGCUCACACGUCCUCGUUCGUCGCGACGCUCCCCAUCACGCCUUCACGUCCCCAUACGAGGGGCCACACCAAGUAAUAUCGAGGUACGAGGAACACUUCGUCAUUCGAAUCAGAGGCGAAAAUACCGUAGUCUCCAUCGACCGUCUCAAACCCGUUUUCUCGCUCCCAGACGAGGAGCACAACAAUGACAACGAAGCUAACGACGAUUCCGACGACGGCAAUACGACGCCGACUAUACCACCUUCACCGGAGUCACCGCAACCGGGAACAUCUCAACGUUCGUCAUCUUAUCGCCCAUCUGACACCGGCUCAUCGACGUCAUCAAUUCAGAAGCGCGUCAGAUUCGCUAAACGACAUCAGCUGUUCUCGACAAAUCGAUAUUAUUGA